AAUUUGUGCCGCUACGAACUAGUUAAUUAUAAAAUUCCCUUUACAGAGUUUUAAAUGAAUUUGGUGUCUUCGUGCUCUUCUAUAAACCAGAAUGGGUAAAAAGAAGGGGAAAGAUGGAAGUCCUCGAGCAGACAGCAGCACUGAGACAGCAGGGGUGUCCUGCACUCACAUCCGGAAAGGAACAGAGCACAGCUUACUGAAGAAAGCCGGUCUGAAUGAGCAAUGGAGCUCGUGUCAAGACUGUGAGCCGGACAAACCUGUUGAACAGCAGAUCUCUGAGGAUGAACCUGUCUGAGUGAGUAUAUGUGUGUGGUUUUGAGUGUGUUGGGGGGACAGAGGCUGCGGGAGAUCGGAGAAUCAGCAUGCGAUCAAGCACUACGAGACGCCUCGGUCUGAGCCGCACUGUUUAGUGCUCAGUCUGGACGUCUGGAGCGUCUGGUGUUACAUCUGUGAUGAUGAAGUUCAGUAUUCCAGCACGGGGCAGCUGGUGCAGCUGAUAACACACAUAAGAAAACAAGUGCUGACCGAUCCUGGCAAGAGGAACUCCAACAGAAAAAGUAAGAAGGAAGAGAGCUUGGAGAUAAUUCCUGCAGAGCAAACGCUGGACGAAGAGAAAGAGAAGGAGGAGAAGCAGAAGAGAAGCUCAAAACAUGAUGACAGUCCCAAAAGACAGAAAGCAGCAGCCGCGGGAAGCUCUGGUGUCGUGAGCGUCAGGGGUCUCAGUAAUCUGGGCAACACGUGCUUCUUCAAUGCAGUCGUGCAGAAUUUAUCACAGACACAGUUUUUGCGAGAGCUGCUGAACCAGAUCACAGAUGAGAAGAGCUGCUUCACCGUCACACCUGCACUGUCUUCUGAGCUGGAACCUCUUCAGAUCCAGCUGGAAAGGCCCGGGUCGCUCACGCUGGCUAUGUGUCAGUUACUGAAUGAAGUCCAGGGGACCAAAAAAAAUGUUGUGAACCCGAAAGAUCUCUUCACACAAGUAUGUAAAAAAGCUCCACGCUUUAAAGGCUUUCAGCAGCAGGACAGUCAGGAGCUUCUGCGGUACCUUCUGGACGGCAUGAGGGCAGAAGAACUGAAGAGAGUUAAAUCUGGGAUUCUGGAGGCUUUGAAAAACUCUGGCAAAAGCUUAGAGGCUGAGCAGAUGAAGAAGGUUAUUAAAGAGUACGAGAAAAACGGUGCGCCCAAGAACUUUGUGGACCGAGUGUUUGGUGGACAGAUGAGCAGCACAGUGAUGUGUAAAGAGUGCAGAACUGUGUCUCUGGUGACAGAGAUGUUUCUGGAUCUCUCUCUUCCUGUAGCUGAUGAGGCCUACAGGAAGAAGAAUCAGAAGAGAGUCACCCAGUAUCGCAGCAGCGUCAGUGAUGAUGGAGACCGAGAAAACACAGCAUCUCUGGCCAAUGGGAAUGAAGACAUGCCUACAGGAACAGGAAGCAAGUACCAGCAGAAGAAAGCAAAGAAACAGGCCAAGAAACAAGCCAAGUAUAUUUGUAGUGUGUAUAAUAUGGGCAGUAAAGUCACUUUGGACGCUCUGACCAAUCAGAGCACGGAUAGCAGCACUAAUCCAGCGGAUGCCUCCAAUCAAAGUCUAUCAGUAAAUGGCAGCGCUGAUGAAGAAGCAGGUGAAAACAGCCAGGAGAAUCUGAGCCCUGAGAAACCUCCUGCUCUCUCACAAAAUGAGGAUGAAGAUGACGAGGAAUCCGAGCAAGAACAUGCUACUUCUGUCAACAAUCGCUUUAACGCCUUUUCUGAAGACCAGGCCUCUGAAGAUGUGUCUGUAGAGGGAGAAACAGCACAAGAUGUGAACGCAAUUGAGGAAGAUGAUGGUGCUGACCAGCUUUGUGCUGAAGAGGAUCGGUUAACAGAAGAACUGAAUACUCUGUCACUAAAAACAGAAAGAGAGAUGGAGAAUGGAGAUGAGGCCUCAGACGAUGCGAAGGAAUACACAGUAUUGAAUCAGGACCCUGAACUGGCCUUUCAGUCACUGGCCAGCAGGACAUCGGCCGAGAAGCAGGAGUGUUCGGUGGAGUCCUGUCUGUAUCAGUUCACUGAGGUGGAACACCUCACAGAGAACAACAGACUGAUGUGUGUCACCUGCACAAAACGCCAGUCUGGACAUAAAGCCGCAGACGGUAAGAAAGCUGUUUACAGAGAUGCUCUGAAGCAGAUGUUGAUCUCUGAUCCUCCAGCAGUGCUCACGCUCCACCUGAAGAGAUUCCAGCAGGUCGGAUACAGUGUUUGUAAGGUGAACAGACAUGUGCGGUUCCCUCAGAUCCUGGAUCUCGCUCCAUUCUGCUCGUUAAACUGCAAGGGAGUGAAGAAGGGCGAGAUGCGAGUGCUGUAUAGUCUUUAUGGUAUAGUGGAACACAGUGGCACCAUGCGGUCAGGACAUUAUACAGCCUACGUCAAAUCACGACCCUCUACGUGCAAUUAUGUACAAAAUGGACUCGAUGCUGGUUGUCACGCUGAGGCCAGUAAAGGAUCAUGGUUUCACAUCAGCGACAGCAGCGUCCAUCCUGUUCCAGAGGCCAAAGUGCAGAGUUCCCAAGCCUACCUCCUGUUCUACGAGAGGAUCUCCUAACAUCGCAUGAGGAAUUAUCUUCAAAACAAAGGGCUGCUGGUGCUUCAUUCCGACUCGUGCUGCUGGGAAAUCCUGUUAAAACACACUGCAAAUGAAUUGAAAACUUGAAUCAGAAUUGUUUCUAUGAGCAUCAUCUUUUAUUUUUUCUCUCUGAUAUCAGCUGUUGUUCAGGGGAAGUUUUAAUUCAUGCAGAACUUACUUGGGAUCUGUUUUUUAAUAGAGUUAAUAAUUUUCAGUGGUGAUUCAGAAGCGAUGCAUUAUUUUUUCUUACCUCUAGAUCAUGAUAGAACGGUUUGAUUAGGCUUUGGUGUGGUUGUUUGCCUCAUACAGCGUUUCUCAAAGUGUAUUCAAGUAUCUGCUGCCAAGACUGAUAGUCAUUUUGCAUGAAUCUCAUGAAGAAAAGUCAUAUUCCACCCCAAUAUUAAAGGUAUAUAAUUAAUUCUCAUCGUUAUAAAGAAGUCUUAUUUUUAUUUAUGUUUACUAAAUGAUCACAGACACAUUUUUAAAUGGUAUCAGUGUUAAAACUGUAUUUAAAAAUGCCACAAUCUAAAUAAAUAAUGGUUUUAAGAAUAAGCAUUUUAUAUGCGAAAUAGUCAAACUAUAUUUUCGUUUUAUUUUGGGUUGAAAUAUGACCGACAUUACAGAAUUAUCUUUUUUAUU